AUGUCAAUAAAGGAAGGAUCGGUGAUGAUAAUUUUAUUUUUAUUCGAUGUGAUAGUGCUAAUUCUCCUGGAAGGAAUCACUGAUAUGGAAUCCGAGAAACCAAAAUACCCUGGCCAUGAGGUUUUAUUAGGAGGAUGGUCAGAACGCAAUUCAGAAGAGAAUGAAAUACAG